AUGAAGACCAAGAAUCGGCCACCCCGGCGCCGGACAUCAUUGCAGGACACGGAGGCCACGCCUGAGGAGCAGACAGCAGACAGGCCCCAGUCGGGCUCAGGGAUGGAGCUGACCAAGGGUCUGCGGAGCAGGACSCCCCGGGGAGCUGGGGCACGGGCAGAGGGUGGGCGCCGCCGGCAGGGUCCCAGCAGCCGUCGGGAGAGCAGUGUCCAGCGGCGGCUGGAGAGCAAUGAGCGGGAGCGGCAGCGCAUGCACAAGCUCAACAACGCCUUCCAGGCCCUGCGCGAGGUCAUCCCGCAUGUACGGGCCGACAAGAAGCUCUCCAAGAUCGAGACGCUCACCCUGGCCAAGAACUACAUCAAGUCGCUGACCACCACCAUCCUGACCAUGUCCAGCGGCCGCCUCCAGGGCCUGGAGGGGCAGGGCCCGGCACAGGGCCCCAAGCUCUACCAACAUUACCAGCAGCAACAGCAGCAAUCGGCUGGGGGCACGCUUGGAGCCACGGAGGCCCAGCCCCAGGGCCACCUGCAGCGGUACUCCACACAGAUCCACAGCUUCCGAGAGGGCACCUAA